AUGCAAUUGGGAGGUGGCGCCAAAUGGCCUGUGAGAGGCGACAUCGACUUGGGAGCGAAAGGUGGCGCCAUUGGAGUUGGGGCUAACGUCCUUAGCGAGAUUAAUAGGGAGGAGGGUGAUGGAGCAGGAGGUACAAACAACACUCCAAGGCGAGGAAUCGACGAAGAUAGCCUAUCGGCCCUCACCAAGGUGAGGAAUCGUUACGGCCCUCGCCUCUGCUCCAUGGACUAA